CUUCUUAUCAGCUGCCCCCCUACCAGGACUGCGCCACCUUUCCUCCGAGGGUUCUUUUUUUUUUUUCUAUUUUGCGCACGCGCUCAGUGACGUCUACCUUCAGAUUGGAUCCCAGGCAGAGGAGCUCCAGCUCCACAGACUCCCGAGCCUCCACGAUGAGCCUAGGCGGGAAGGUCGCCGUGGUGACAGGAGCAGCGAAGGGGAUUGGGAAAGCAAUAGCGGAGAACUUUCUGCAGAAUGGCGCAAAGGUGGUCCUGUUGGAUGUGGAUGAAACCACAGCGAAGGGUUUGAAGAAAGUCCUUGAUCAGAAGUUUGGAGAGGAGAAAACUUUGUUCAUCAGAUGUAACGUUGAGUCAGAGGAGGACAUUAAAGCCGCCUUUGAGGCAACUAUGGCCACUUUUGGAUGUAUGGACAUUCUGUGCAACAACGCUGGCAUCUUGAGUGAGGACCAGUGGGAACGAGCUGUGUCUGUAAACCUCGGGGGCGUCAUCCGGAUGACCUACGCUGCUCUGGAGAAGAUGAGCCAGCAGUCUGGUGGGCGAGGAGGAGUCGUGGUCAACACAGCCUCAGUGGGGGGUCUCGGACCUCUAGCCAGUUGUCCUGUCUAUUCGGCCACUAAGCACGGUGUGAUCGGCUUUACUCGAGCCAUGGCGGCUGCUUCCACCGCCUCUAAUUAUGGGAUACGCUUCAACGCCAUUUGCCCCGGUGCUGUCCAAACAGACCUCUUCGCCUCCGUUACAAACUGUUUGGGUCCAUUUUCUCACCUUGCUCAUUUAUUCGAGAAAUUUGCAGCAGACGGGGUGCUACACCUUGAAGGAUCAGCGUUUUAUACCAAAAGCUCAGGCAAAAGAGGCCGGUUCACACAAGGCAAGACUUGUAUCAUUUUCCUCCCCGGCGGCCGUCAGACGUGGCUCAGUGUGUUCUGGAGCUGGUGACCGAGGAGGUGAAGAACGGAGAGGUGCUGGUGGUGGACCACAGUGGGAAGAAAUACAUGACUUUCCCCGCUGUUUUCUAGCUGCUCCUGCCAAGGAGAAACAGCCAGUCUGACUUUAUUAAAAUGAGUUUUUCAGGAGAUAAAUCUCCCUGAAAAUCCCUGUGGUCUUCUAUUCAUUUCAAAUGUUUUCUAAUCGCAUCUAAAGGCAAAGUCUCUGUUUGUUGAAAGUCAUGAAGAGAGAUCAAUAAAGUUUUUGCUGUUAAAUGUUUAGGUCACAAUCAAA